AUUUCCUCCCUAUCACUCUACCUUUCUCGUCUAACUAACUAGAUCUCGCGACUUCUUACCUCAGGGGCUCGAGAGCUCUGUCAUGCCUUUUGCCUUUUCUGCUCCAUGGUAACCGCCCCAGCUAUGGACUCGCGACGCCACCACAGCUCGGCCGGGAGAGCCACGGCCGCCUUCCUACUAUCACUCCUCGCCCUCUCACCCUUCCAGCCCGCCUCGGCCAGCUGGUUCCCCGGCGGAGAUGCUGCCGCCGUGCAGCUCCCGGUACUGCCUUCGGGCACUCCGCAGAAUGUUCCGUCUUCCAAACCCAAGAACAGAGAGAUGGAGUUCACACUGAAGCAUGUCUUUCACCACGGCACCCACAAGUAUCCGAACCUCCACAGGAGACUAGACGUCAAGCCCGAUGCGCCGCUUUACAUUGCCUCCGAAGAUGGUUCCCCGAAGGAGCUUGCGCCACCCCUGCGAGCUCGAUCGCAACCCGCCAACAUAGAGCGUCUGGUCGAUAGGAGUCCGGAAACGAUAAACUCAUACCUCGAGGCGAAACGCUGGAGCGGACACCCAGUCCAGCUGCCAGCAUCUGCCUGGACGGUUGACGAGGUGGCGGGCCCUAAUGUCACGGACAAAGAGUCGGUGCUUACCUUUGCUCGGGUCGCGGCCAACGCUUACGUCCUGGAGCCCCACACCGGAGACUGGAUAGAUGUCGGUAGUGGUUUCAACUACACAGAAGACUUUGGUUGGGAAAGCGACGGUCUGCGCGGCCACAUCUUUGCGGAUACCGUUAACUCUACGAUUGUGAUCGGCAUCAAGGGAACUUCGCCUGCUGUCUUUGACGGGUCAGAGACCACCACCAAUGACAAAGUCAAUGAUAACCUCUUCUUCGGUUGCUGCUGCGGCCAAGGCGGUCAGUACAUGUGGAGGCAAGUCUGCGAUUGCAUGACCUCUACCUUCACCUGCAACUCUACUUGCCUGGUCCAGUCUCUGAGGGAGAAGAACCGGUAUUACUAUGCUGUCCAGGACCUCUACCACAACGCCACGGCGCUGUAUCCUGAUGCGGAUGUUUGGAUUGCUGGCCAUUCACUCGGCGGAGCUACCGGCAGUUUGCUUGGCUUAACCUAUGGAUUACCAACCAUCACCUUCGAAGCCCCAGGAGAGGCCAUGGCUGCAGCCCGUCUAGGCCUACCGACGCCUCCGGACUACCACCUUGGCAGCCACCAAGAUAGGCCGAACACUGGCGUGUACCAUUUUGGCCACACAGCCGAUCCCAUGUUCAUGGGUCUUUGCAACACUGCAACUUCAGUCUGCACCAUAGCGGGAUACGCAAUGCAAAGCGUCUGUCACACCGGGUCUCAGUGUGUCUAUGACACGGUUGGUGACCUGGGCUGGCGCGUGGGAGCCGGCACGCACAAGAUCCAGGAAGUUAUCCGCGACGUCAUCGAAGCCUAUGAUAAGGUUCCGGAAUGCAAGCCCGAUGUUGGCUGCACUGACUGCUAUAACUGGAAGUUCUUCGAGAGCAACGGCUCCGACACCACAACAACUUCUAGAAGCAGCACAUCUACAACCAAGACCCGUACAGAGACGUGCAAGACGCCUGGUUGGUUUGGCUGCCUUGACGAAACCACGACAUCCGGUCCUACCACGACUCACUACAGCACCAUCACCACCACUACCUGCGACACUCCCGGAUGGUUCGGUUGCAAAGACACAACCACGCAUACCAUAACCUCGACCACGACUCUCGAUGCGCCUGUCAACGCACCAGCCCCCACCAUCACAACUACCUCCGCGCCACUCACUACCACCACCACCUCCUCCUCUUCCAGCACCACAUGCGAAACGCCCGGUUGGUUUGGCUGUAACGACCCCACUACUACGACCACGGCAGCGCCGUCCUCAAUGGCGCCCACCACGACGCAGACCGCCUCGACGUCAUGCACGAACAAGGAGUGGUUCGGGCUGAUCUGCGUGGAUCCGUCCCCGACAGCUUCGCCGAAGCCAGAACCCCCGAAGAGUCGAAAGAAGUGCGCGCAUAGGUCGUGGACGGGUAAGUGCAAGGAGUGGGAAAACAAAGAGGUAGUUGAGGAUGAGAUCUGAGUUAGCCACGGCGAGAUUGAAUCUAUCAUGAUUAUGUGAGGAGGCUGGCGCUAGUUCGGGUUAGCUGGGAUUGGGAUGGGUUCGGUUCAGCUGCCCGCACAGGAUUACAGGUUGCGGGGCGCAUUCGCUACUACUAGCGGCUCAUGGGAUGGCGCGGGAUGGCGUUUUGGGAUGAUACCGGGUUCUUUUUUCUUCGUUUUUGCUGCGCGGUGGAGUAGGAUUGGUGGAUUGGUUUGAUGGGACAAGGUCUUGUAAGUGUAGCGAGUACGUACAUACGUAUAUUGAUCAUUGUUUGACAGAACAUAUUCUUAACAAGUGAGUGGAUUGUGCUUGGGCUAGGUUAAUGAGGUUGGUGUGAGUGAUGCUUGUGAGCUGAGGGCUCGAGAAAGUGUGUGGGCGAUGGUUUAUGUGCAGCCUAUGGUGCCAUCAGGUGCUGGGAUGUCUUGACUUGUCUUCCGUGUAGGAGAC